AUGACAGGGAAAAGUACGUCCAGGGUUCCACCACCUUGUGGUCCGGACGAGGUCCGCAUGGAGGAUGGCACCAUCCGGCUUAUGACAGAGACGGAAUUAUUAAUGCGUAGAAUUGAUGAUGUUACCGUUGAGUCUCUUGAAUCGACCCGUCGUAUGAUGGCGAUGUGUGAGGAAGCAAAGGAAGCUGGAAUUUCCACCCUUGUUAUGCUUGAUGAUCAAGGCGAACAACUCGAUCGUAUAAAUGAGGGCAUGGACCAAAUCAACGAGGACAUGAAAGAUGCCGAGAAAAACCUGGAUGAUUUGAAUAAAUGCUGCGGUCUUUGUGUCCUACCAUGGAACAAGAGAAAAGGCAAAGGUGAUUUCACCAAACAGCUGAAAGAUGAAGAUGGUUUUGGCGGGGGUGACGGGCCCAGAAUCAUUGUUGACCAGAAUGGAAUGGGACCUACAGGAGGUUACAUCACUCGGAUAAAUAAUGAUGCACGGGAGGACGAAAUGGAUCAAAAUAUGCAAGAGGUCACAGGAAUGAUAGGAAAUCUGCGAAACAUGGCGAUCGAUAUGGGGAGCGAAAUCUCCCAACAGAACGCACAAAUUGAUCGUAUUCACCUCAAGGUAACCUCUUUGACCCUCUCUAUUUGA